UGUAGAUGUUCCUUAUUGCUACUAGAAUACAACGUAGAUACAGAUAUCAGACUGAUAAAAAUAAAAAAUGUUACCUGUACAUUUGUUUACAUACUCACAAAGGUAUGCUACAGUUGUAUCAAUAUGAUAAUGUUUACAUCAGUCAAUCGACAUCUAUUCCUUAUCAAUUAUUAUGCUGCUUGUGGCUAAUUCGAUAAAAUAAAUGGCAGAUUUACCUUUUGCAACGUGUUUAAAAUUAGUCUUCAGAAAGAAACGAAUAGUGUGCAAUAGUGUUCAUGGUUAGAUAAAUUUAGAGAAAGAUAAAUACAAAGUUCAGAGAUGAAGUUUAUCAUCCUACUCGGAUCGCUGCUAUCACUGGCCGAAGCAUGUCCAUCAAGUUGCGAAUGCACCUCCUCGACAGUAUCGUGUAUACAGAAAAAUCUACAACACAUCCCUAACUUCAACAGUAUCCAGUUAAAUCCUAUGAUCAUAGACUUAUCGGGUAACAAAAUCAACUCUAUUACCGAUGAAGAUUUUACUUUUGAUAGAAACAUAGCUAUAGCUGAAAUAUAUCUGAACAAUUCCGAAGUUCUGGACAUCGAUGGAGAAGCUUUUGUUGAGCUGGAAAACCUACAGGAACUUUAUUUGGGUGAAAACUUAUUGCACGACAUCCCACAGAAUAUUAUCGAGGAUCUACCAAACAUGAUACUUUUGGAGUUAUCAAGUAACCUUUUUUCUGGAGAUCUACCACUGAUCAAAUCUAAAAGCCUCGAGGUGUUAGCUCUGGCAAAUUGCAAAAUAUCCAGUGUACCAGAACAUGCACUGAAGCUUACGCCUAAUUUAAAAAUGCUUCUUUUACAAAGGAACAACAUAAAAUAUAUCAGCCAAUCAACUUUUACUGGCAUAACGAGAUCAUUUGCGUUGAAACUAUUCUAUAACAAGUUUGAAUGUAGUUGCAAAACGUUCCAGCUUUUUGAUUUUCUAGGGGAGCAUGAAUAUGUCGAUAAAUCUGAUCCUUAUCGAUGUUCAAAUACUACAGAUACUGAUGUAGAUAUUUUUGAUAAAAAAAUAGCAUUAUCAUUUCAUAAUAUAUGUACACGGUCGAACAGGAUCCCCAAAAUUCAAGCAACUAGCUUGAAAAGUAACGAUUUAACACUGAGAUCAGAGAAAUCGUAUUCAUUGAUUCAGGAAAACAAAGUUGAGCAACAUGAUGAGGGAGUUUCUUCAAAAAAGGAAGCCCUACAAAAUAAUUCUGAUAUCGUAGAAAUAUCCAAGAAAACAACUUAUAUAAUAACCUUAGAUAAAAAUUUCUUUGAGGUUGUAGUUAUUUGCUGUGUAUUUUUUCUAGGACUAUUUGCAGGUUUUUCUUUAAAUAGGUUUGUAACUACUUACAGAUAUAUAAAAUUUAAGAGGUGUUCAGAAAAUCAAAUGAAGUUAUAUACACCCUAGAUUUAUUAUUAUUUUAAGUUCAAAAUCUUUUAUAGGGAUAAUAAUUAUGAAUAAUAAAGGUUUUUUAUUUUUACAUUCAUAACACUUAUUUUCGUCGAUAAUCUUAUGUUCUAUGUAUAUGAUAAGUACUUCCUCAAUAUUUAAUAGUGUAAGUUGGAAAGCAUCGAAUUUAGAUGGAUGAAUUUUCAGUUACUACUAUGACAAGAACGAGCAGGUUUAUUAUUUUUUUUAUGUUGUGGAGUCAUGGGGGAGUUAUUGCAAAAAACUACCUAACUUGAUAAUAUGUGGGAGAAACAUAGAGUCCAUCAUGCCCUUUGAGAGAUUGCAGUAAACAGCCGCCACCACCCUUUAUAAGCGUCAUUUUUGAAUCGACUUCAUCA